UGGUUGUUAUAGUGAUAAACUGAGGCCUUGCCUUUUGCCUUCUGACAGAGAGAGAGAGAAAGGGGCGGGGGGGGGGUAACCUCUUUACUUCCCCCAGGGAAGCCAGAAAAAAGGGGAGAAGAAGCGGGGGAUGGGUGGAGGGUGGCGGGGAGAAAAAUACGUGACAAAGAAAACAUUCUCUGCCUGGGAGGAGACUCUCUGAGGGUGUAGAGCUAGAGGGAGCAUUCACUGGCCAUGCCAGUAGUUACCACUGAUGCUGAGUCAGAAACAGGUAUCCCAAAAUCCCUUUCCAAUGAGCCUCCCUCAGAAACCAUGGAGGAAAUAGAGCACACAUGCCCACAGCCUCGACUGACCCUGACCGCACCUGCCCCAUUUGCUGAUGAAACCAACUGCCAGUGUCGAGCACCCCAUGAAAAACUGACCAUUGCUCAGGCCCGCUUAGGAACACCAGCUGACAGGCCUGUCAGAGUAUACGCCGAUGGAAUAUUUGACCUCUUCCACUCGGGUCACGCAAGGGCCCUUAUGCAAGCAAAAACACUGUUUCCCAACAGCUACUUGUUGGUAGGAGUUUGCAGUGAUGAUCUCACCCACAAAUUCAAAGGUUUCACCGUGAUGAAUGAAGCCGAGAGAUACGAAGCUCUCAGACACUGUCGCUACGUAGACGAAGUAAUCAGAGAUGCUCCCUGGACCCUCACGCCAGAGUUUCUGGAAAAACACAAGAUUGAUUUUGUGGCUCAUGAUGACAUUCCGUAUUCCUCUGCUGGCUCUGAUGAUGUUUACAAGCACAUAAAGGAAGCAGGGAUGUUCGUUCCAACACAGAGAACAGAAGGCAUCUCAACAUCGGACAUCAUUACCAGAAUUGUUCGUGACUAUGAUGUUUAUGCCCGACGUAACCUCCAGAGAGGGUAUACAGCCAAGGAACUGAAUGUCAGCUUUAUAAAUGAGAAGAGGUACCGUUUCCAGAACCAGGUGGACAAAAUGAAGGAAAAAGUCAAGAAUGUGGAGGAAAGAUCAAAGGAAUUUGUGAACAGAGUGGAAGAAAAGAGUCAUGAUCUAAUUCAAAAGUGGGAAGAGAAGUCAAGGGAAUUCAUUGGCAACUUCCUAGAACUGUUUGGACCUGAUGGAGCAUGGAAGCAGAUGUUCCAAGAGAGGAGCAGCCGGAUGCUGCAGGCCUUAUCCCCGAAGCAGAGCCCUGUGAGCAGCCCAACCCGGAGCCGGUCCCCUUCCCGCUCCCCAUCGCCCACCUUCUCAUGGCUUCCACUCAAAACCUCACCCCCUUCCUCACCCAAAGCAGCCUCAGCCUCCAUCAGCAGCAUGAGUGAGGGGGAUGAGGAUGAGAAGUAGAGGCUGCUGGCAGGCAAGAGCCGCACCACGCAGGAUGAGGGCGAGGGUCCCAGGGUUGCCUGGGUGAUGUUUGAAGGGUAAUAGUCACAGGAGCUGCAGCUCAGCAGAGAGACCCUGAACUCUGCUAAGGGAAGGUCUUGGGACCAGUUCUCUCUCACUCUCCAUACAGCUCAAGAGUUGGGCAAGGUGCAGAGAUUUCCGGCCGGACAACCUACACAAAACUUAGCGUCAUCUAGAAUCACUCUAACCUUGCUAAGGAAGGAUGCAGAGUUCCCUAAAGAGACUUGCACUGAUGGGGUGACUUCUGCUUUUGUCCUUCCACCACCCCCACCAAGUAAACCACCUGUGGAAGCGGCUGUUCCCUCAACCUGCUACUUCUGCGUCCAUAAGGGUCCUGCACGUUGCCUCCCACCACCCCAGCUCUGUCAGAAUAAAAUUGUUUCCAAUA